AUGGCUGCAGCAGCUACUUCGGGGGGAACGGUGCUGAACGGGACCCUGGGAUCUUCCUUCCUCUCCGGAAGCAAGAAGACCCAAUCCUUGUUUGCUGCCGCUUCCAGAAUCGGAAACAGUAUUGGCGGAAGGAAGUUGGUCAUUGUAUCCGCCGCUAAGAAAUCUUGGAUCCCCGCCGUUAAAGGCGGCGGCAACCUAGUCGACCCCGAAUGGCUCGAUGGCUCGCUGCCGGGCGACUAUGGGUUCGACCCGCUGGGGCUGGGGAAGGACCCGGCGUUCCUGAAGUGGUACAGGGAGGCGGAGCUGAUCCACGGGCGGUGGGCGAUGGCGGCGGUGGUGGGGAUCUUCGUGGGGCAGGCGUGGAGCGGGAUCCCGUGGUUCGAGGCCGGGGCGGCGCCCGGCGCGGUGGCGCCCUUCUCGUUCGGGACGCUGCUGGGGACCCAAUUGCUGCUGAUGGGGUGGGUGGAGAGCAAGCGGUGGGUGGAUUUCUUCAACCCGGACUCGCAGGCGGUGGAGUGGGCGACGCCCUGGUCGAGGACGGCGGAGAACUUCGCCAACGCCACCGGGGAGCAGGGUUACCCGGGCGGCAAGUUCUUCGACCCGUUGGGCUUCGCGGGGACGCUCAGCGACGGCGUCUACGUGGCGGACGCGGAGAAGCUGGAGAGACUGAAGGUGGCGGAGAUUAAGCACGCCAGGCUUGCGAUGAUCGCCAUGCUCAUUUUUUACUUCGAGGCUGGCCAGGGGAAAACCCCUCUCGCCGCUCUUGGCCUUUAG